AUGGUGAGCUCGGGGAGCCCCCAGGUCUUUUACUCCUGGGAAGUCGUCUGGGAUGCAGCGCUGCGGGCCUUCAAUGUCGCCAUGGAAGCGUCGAGGAAGUCGCAGCUACCCGUCCACGACCAUCUGGGUGUUUUCGGCAAUGCCAGAGGCUGUAGUCUGGUCUGCGAUGUCUUUCUUCGCAUUUCUCCAGGAUUUUACCACGAAACCUGUCUUCGGAUCCCCGAAGAAAUUAACACUGAGCUCGUUGCAGCCAACAGGGGGCUGAGACGAGGCGUGGUUCUGAAUCUGAGACGCGGGUCACCGAAGCAGCUAAUCUAG